UUGGGCCGGGCCGGAGCGGCGCUGUGCUUAGCUAUGGCCUUCCGGAGCCCGCGCUGAGCCUUCACUCUGGCAGGGACGCGACCUCUGCCGCGAUGUUUAGGAGGAUUUUACAGAGGACUCCAGGCAGAGUUGGGUCUCAGAGCUCUGACUUGGAAUCAUCUGCAAUCUCUGGAAAUGCAGUGGAUGUCAACAAUGAAGGCUCUUCAGAGGGCUUCAUCUGUCCACUGUGUAUGAAAAUGUGCGUUACUGCCACUGAUCUGUCUGAACAUUACCAGAAUGAGCACACUGAGAUGGAAACAAGAAGACUGGAGCUUCGUGAACUGCCUGCUGUUACUGGAUUUAUUUGCCCUCUUUGUAUGAAAUCCCAUGGAUCAGCGGAAGAACUUUUUAAACACUAUGAAGCAGUUCAUGAUUCUGGUAUUGAUUCAAGUCAUGGAGGAGAAUCUAACAUGUCUCCGAAAAGAGAUGACACAACACUGCUCCGGCAAGAAGUUCAAGACUUGCAAGCUUCACUUAAGGAGGAACGAUGGUACUCUGAAGAACUGAAGAAAGAAUUAGAAAAAGUACAGGGGCAGAGGCAGCAAGAGUCUAAACCUGAUGGACCAUCAACUGUGGCAUCUACAGAAUUAGAAUCAUUACAAAGGCAGCUAGAAGAGAGUCAAGUUGAAAGCUUCAAUGUUAAGCAGAUGAAAGACUUGUUUGAACAGAAAGCAGCCCAACUCGCCACUGAAAUUGUGGAUCUUAAAGCCAAAUAUGAUGAAGAAACCAGUCUGCGAGCAGCAGCAGAACAGAAAGUGACAAAUUUGACAAACGAACUAAAAAAAGAGAGAGAAAUAUGUGAAGAUUUGAAAACUGAGCUGCUUCAGAGGCCUGGUGUGGAAGAUGUUGCGGUUCUGAAGAAGGAGUUAGUCCAAGUUCAAACAUUAAUGGACAAGAUGACAUUGGAGCGUGAAAAAGAAUCAGAGAAACUGAAAGAUGAGUGCAAGAAUUUGAGAGCAGAGUAUACAACCUCAGAGGCUACCAUCAAUCAGUUAAAAGCUGAACUUGCUAAAGGACCACAGGAAGUUGCUGUAUAUGUUCAGGAACUUCAAAAAUGUCGAACUUCAGUUAAUGAAUUAACACAGAAAAAUCAGAGUCUGACUGAAAAGUUGAAAAAGAGGGAGCUGGAUUAUACUCAGUUAGAAGAGAAGCAAAAUGAAGAAUCAUUAAGUAAGAAGAAUCUGCAAGCAACUCUUAAUCAAAAGGACUUGGACUGUCAACAACUUCAGGCAAGGUUGUGUGCAUCUGAAGACUCAUUAAAGAGGUUGCAGAAAGAAUUGGAUGAAAGGGGAGAAGCGGGUCAGAAACUUAAGGAGGAAUUGUUGGAAGCUGAGACAAAGUACCAGCAUCUUAAGGCAGAGUUCAAACAGUUACAGCAACAAAGGGAAGAAAAAGAGCAGCAUAGUUUGCAACUUCAGAAUGAGCUAAAUCAGUUACACAAUAAACUUCUGGAGACAGAGCGUCAACUUGGGGAAGCACAUGGGCGACUAAAAGAGCAGAGACAAUUAUCUAGUGAAAAGUUGAUGGACAAGGAACAGCAGGUGGCUGAUCUUCAGUUAAAACUUUCACGUUCUGAGGAGCAGCUAAAGGAGAAAGCAGCAAAUGCAACUGAAUUGCAACAUCAGUUAGAUAAAAUGAAACAGCAGCACCAGGAGCAACAGAAUCUUCAGCAAAGUACCACAGCAAAGCUGCGAGAAGCCCAGAAUGAUUUGGAGCAAGUACUACGUCAGAUUGGUGAUAAAGAUCAAAAAAUCCAAAAUCUUGAAGCUCUGCUGCAAAAGAGUAAAGAUAAUAUUUCCUUGCUAGAAAAGGAAAGGGAGGACUUGUAUGCUAAAAUUCAAGCUGGUGAAGGAGAAACAGCAGUUCUUAACCAGCUGCAGGAAAAGAACCAUACAUUGCAGGAACAGGUAACUCAACUGACAGAAAAACUGAGGAACCAAUCAGAAAGUCAUAAACAGGCCCAGGAGAACUUGCACGAGCAGGUGCAGGAGCAAAAGGCACAUCUGAGAGCCUCUCAGGACCGUGUCCUUUCCUUGGAAGCAACUAUAAGUGAGCUAAAUAGUCAGAUAAGUGAAAACAAAGAAAAAGUGAUACAACUUGAUUUGCAGAUAAAAGCAAAAACUGAAUUGCUGCUAUCAGCAGAAGCUGCAAAAGCUGCUCAAAGAGCUGAUCUUCAGAAUCACCUGGAUACUGCCCAUAAUGCAUUACAAGAUAAACAACAGGAGCUAAAUAAGGUCACUACACAGUUGGAACAGGUUACUGCUAAGCUUCAUGACAAACAGGAAUAUUGCACUCAGCUGGAAGCCAAUCUUAAAGAAUACAAAGAAAAGCAUCUUCAUUUAGAGCAGAAAACUGAGGAGCUGGAAGGUCAGCAAAAGAAACUAGAAGCUGACAUUCUUGAAGUUAUUGGGGUUAAAGAAAAAGUGCUUCAGGAACUUCAGCAGCAAAGGCAACAGUGCACGGAGUUAAGCCUCAGAGCUGCAGAACUGACCAAACAAGUGGAUGCAGAAAGAGAAAUAGUAUCUAAUACCAGAUCAGACCUACAAAAGAAAUGUGAUGCUCUAGAAAAAGCAAACCAGCAGAUAUCAAAAGAAGAGGAAGAAAAUACAAGACUCAAUUUGGAAUUAGAGAAAAUACAUGAAGAUACUAACAGACAAGGCAAGGAACUAAAUGAAAAACUGCAAGUAGUAACAGAAGAUUUGCUAAAAAUGAAGUUGGAAAAAGACACUCUAUUAAAGGAGUUUGAAGUCAUCCGAAACAAACUGUCAAAGAGCACUGAAUCUGUGAAAGAAGCAAAAGAUGAAUUGGAAAAGGAAAAACAAAAGGGGAAGGUGGCAGUGGCAGAAAUGGAGAAGUCUUGUCAAGAAGUUAAACAUCAGCUUCAAGUCCAGUCAGAAUCUAUUGCUAAAGAACAAAAUGAAUUGAAAAACUUAUUGGAAAAGCAGGAAGGGAUAUCCAAGCAACUGGCAACAGACCUUGAUUUGACACGUGCACAAGUACUGCAGAUGCAAGGUGUUCUAAAGGAAAAAGAAAAGAAUGAGCAGCAGCUGCAGCUGAAGUUGAGAGAACUGAAGGAAUCUUUUGAUCAGAAGAAAAAACAAAAUGAAACACAGCAAGCUGAAUUAAAAACAGCUCUCUUAGAAAAGGCAGAGCUAGAGAAUAAACUGCAGCAGCAGAUAACAUUGUCAACACAGGAGCUUACAGCAGAGAGAGAAAAAAUUACAGAACUUCAGAAGACACACAAAAAAACACAAGAAAAUAUGGAAAAAAUUCAGCUGGAUAUUUAUGGUAAAGAAUCAGAGCUCUUGGCUAUACGGCAAGACCUAAAGUCUACAGAGGAGAAGCUUGCUUUAGCUCAAGAGGAACUGAUUUCUAACAGAAAUCAAAUUAGUAAUCACAAUCAGCUGAUCAAAGAACUUAAGACCAUAAGAGCUACUCUGGAGCAAGAUGCAUCAAAAAAAGAACAACAGUUGAUGGAGCAAGAAAAAUUGUUACAGGAAAUACAGAAAGAUAAGGCUUUAAAAGAAAAAGACUUGGCUAAUGAAAAAUCCAAAACAAAUGAGCUCCAGAAUAUAAACAACAAAUUGGAAAAAGAAAAUGCCAAACUGAAGGAAGAGGGUAGGGUCUUCAAACAAGAAUUUGAAAAGGAGGUUACAAAUUUGAAAGAUGCCAAGCAGCUGUUGAUUCAGCAGAAACUAGAGCUUCAGGGGAAAGUAGAUAACAUUAAUACAGCUCUUGAACAAGAGAAAAAGAAUCGAGAAAUUAUAAAAGAUCAGUUGAAAAAGAGAGAAGAAGACUUGAAGAAGAAAUAUUCUGAACUUGAAGCAAAACUGCAAGUGGAGAUCAAGGAAAAAGAUGAACAAUGUAAAAGUCAUGAGGAGUUGGAGGGGAAACUCAAUAUGCAGAUCACAGCAUUGAAUGAAAACCUGGGUACAGUCAAGAAAGAGUGGCAAAGCAGCCAAAGAAGAAUUGGUGAGCUAGAGAAACAAACAGAUGAUCUGCGUGGAGAAAUUGCAGUACUAGAAGCCACAGUACAAAAUAAUCAGGAUGAGAGGAGGGUGUUAUUAGAAAGGUGCCUUAAGAGUGAAGGAGAAAUCGAAAAGCUUCAAAGCAAAUUGAUGGAUGCGCGAAGAAAACUGGAUGAUACUACUGCAGCAAUGCAAGAGCUUGGCAGAGAAAACCAAUCACUGCAGAUCAAACACACACAAGCCCUAAACAGGAAAUGGGCAGAAGACAAUGAGGUCCAGAAUUGCAUGGCCUGUGGGAAAAGCUUUUCUGUAACAAUAAGAAGGCAUCACUGCAGACAGUGUGGAAAUAUCUUCUGUGCUGAGUGUUCAUCAAAAAAUGCCUUAACUCCUUCUUCAAAGAAACCUGUUCGUGUCUGUAAUACUUGUUUCAUUGACCUGCAAGGAUAACUACUCUCAACUCUUACAUGUUGUGGUAGAAUAAAAGUUUCUGUCAUGCACUUCGUACAACUCUCAGACUACUGUUUGGUUUGGGCAAUGAUUGUAACAAUUGGAAAAAUUCUAGUAGCGUUUAAAAUAUACAUUACUGAUUUAAAAAGUCAAAUUGUACUACUUGUGAGGCUGACGUUAUCUAUGGCUUAUUUGGUUUUCACCUACAAGAGCUUUUGUGUCUAGUUUAAAAAUCCCCAGUAGCCUGUAAAUAAAGUUUAAGCGGAAAAGCAACACUGUAUUUUUUAAAUUCUGAUUUCUUUGUUCAAAAGUAACACCUUUUAAGUAAAUGUAUUUGUAUGGAUUUUGUGUAUCAAAUAUAGCUGCUGAAAUGGCAUAGUUA